UGUGAGUGGUUCGAUUUUUAGGUUAUAUUCCCGUAAAUAAAACAACUUUCCUUAUUUUCUAAUCAGGUGGUGGUUUAUUAAUACAUAAAACCAAAGGUUAGUUUAGAUGGACGGCAACGAGAAGGAGAAGCCUCCAGACGAGGAUGGUGAUAACGGUAUGGACUGGGAGAAAUACACGCGCAAGCGUAACUUGGAUUUAUCACCAACCAAGCUGGAGCCUUCCCCCAAAAAAAUUGUAAUUGACCCGGCAGAGUCCGAAAAGCAGUCGGGUAAUACAAAUAGUGCAGUUGAGGAGCCCGGUACUAGUAGGAUGGUCGAGUCUCAUGCGAACAGUCAAAAAGAGUCAGUUGAAAUAAACAAAAGUAACUCAACUGAAUUUAACCCGCAUCUAUACAAACACCCCAGUCUAGACAGCAAAUCACGAGAGUAUGGUGCCAACGAUGAUGGACCUUUCAUAGUGCAUGUCUCUAGAGAGGCCGCCCCUUCCUCCAGUGCCACUCUAAAACCCAUAAAUGUAGGCCUUUUACUAACUCAGGCAAACGUCAAUAACAUCCAGAAGGACGGUGGCAUUAAAUCGGUGGGUCGCAACAGAGUAGCGGUCACUUUCUCCACAGCUGCGGAUGCAAAUAACUUCCUUAAGCACCCGCUUCUAGGCAAAAAUAAGUUUAUAGCUGAUAUCCCUUCAUAUCAUGUAUCUCGAAUGGGAGUGGUGCGAGGAGUUCCUUCAGACUGGACUAUGGAGGAAUUGGUCAAUGGAACGUCCCUUAGAGAAGGUAAAGGGAAGAUCCUUAAAGCUCGUCGACUUCAACGGAAGAUACUUAAAGAUGAUGGCUCCCCGUCUUGGGUUCCGACUCAAUCGGUAGUAGUAACUUUUGAGGGUCAAAGCUUGCCUGCCAAAAUUUUUGCAUACUACACCUCAUUAGUUGUGGACGUGUAUCAGCUGCCAAUAAUCCAAUGUAGGAAGUGCGCCAAAUGGAGCGACAUUCUACCGAACGACGUUGCGCCUUUAAUGGUCACACUUGCAGAGCGACUCACCUUUCAUAAUAGGUCACCAGGUCAACUUUUUACAAUGGAAUAGUCGGAGUAUCAUCCCAAAGAAACCAGAACUUACCCAGUUGAUCAAUGAUCAUGCUGUGUCCGUUGCGGCCAUCUCGGAGACAUGGUUACGUCCCGGGGCUCUUUUUAGAGUACCGGGGUUCUCGUGCCUCCGGGAGGACCGUAGUGACGGACGUGCUGGAUGUGCGUU